AUGGACGUCCAACCUCUCGACUUCGUGACGGUGAAAACCACACUACCAACGAUACCUCUACCGCCUCACGCCUCGCGACAACCCGUCGUCACCGAGCGUCUCAUUCUGAGGCCCCUCUCUUCACAUGAUCUGCAACCGCUGCAUGUCCUUCGCACGCAACCAGAGGUCAUGAGGUGGUCUGCUGCCGGCCGGGUCGACGCCGACCUGGAGGAGACGCGGACCAAGCUAGCACAGAUCCUGCCGCCCAAUGACGCCGACAACUACGACUUCGCCAUCUGCCUGCGGUCGACGGGCGAGUGGAUUGGCCUCGGCGGCUGCAAGAAGCCCAGCGGCGGCGAGCUGGGCUGGCCCGAGAUCGGGUACAUGCUCCUCAAGGACUACUGGGGCAGCGGAUACGCGACCGAGUUCGUCAAGGCCUUCCUCGGUGCCUGGUGGGCUCUGCCCCGCUCGGAGCGCGAGGUCAGCGUCGACAAGUCCACCGUCAAGGGGCACCGGGAUGGGGAGGUGGUGGACGAGAUCAUCACCGCCGUCACGGAGCCGGACAACGUUGCCAGCCAGAAGAUCCUGGCCAAGUGGGGGUUCGAGAAGCUCAAUGUGUGGAGAGAACCAGGCGAAGAGGGAGGGAAAGAGACGAUACUCGUCGGUCACGGCAUCAGACGCCCGAAGCAAUAG